AUGUCCGAAUACUGGAAAUCAACCCCCAGAUAUUGGUGCAAACACUGUAGCAUCCAUGUUCGCGACACCAAGUUCGAACGUCAGAAUCACGAAGCUACAGCCAAGCAUCAAGGAAACCUGAAGCGUUUCUUGCGAGACUUGCAUCGCAACCAUGAAAACGAGCUACGGGAGAAGGAGCGAGCUAAGCGUGAGAUUGAACGGCUUAAUGGCGUUGUUACCAACACAACCUCGGAUCAGGGCCCAAGUACUGCGCCAAACAGGAUACCCCCCUCGAUGACGACACAAGCUACCAAUACUCAGCGAAAACAACAAUGGGAACAACUUGCUGAAAUGGGAAUUGACGUCCCCACCGAACUGAGAGGGGAUUUGGCCAUGGCUGGUGAAUGGACCGUUACCAAAACGAAGGUCAUUAGCGACACAUCGAAGUCGGAUGACCCAGACGCGAAACCCGAGAACAUCGAUGCGAUCGCAUCGGGCGUGCGUAAGCGACCAAAACCUGAAGAAGAUGAGGAUGAAGGACAAGAGGAAGAAAACGCCGUUAAUAGUCUAUUCAAGAAGCCUAGGAGAUGGGGUCGCGAUACGAAACAGGCUCCAGAAGAUGACGCAGAGCUGGAUGCGCUGCUUGGUGGGACUUUAACGAAAUUGAUCAAACCCGAUAUACAACCGCACGAUUCAACUAAGAAAGAGGACGAUUCGGUGGGCACCGAUACAAUAGAAGAGUCAUCAUCAAAAGUAAAAAACGAGGACAAAGACGAUCAGCCUCUAACGGACAUCAAACCAGCAGCUGCCGAAGACGUUGAUGCCCCUCCAGUCAAACAAGAAGAAGACACGCAAGGCGGAGCACCUGCUGUAGUCUUCAAGAAGCGAAAACCUAAGCACAUUCGACAAAGGUAA